AAAAAGAACAGUUAUCUUCGUAGCACUUACGCUCCUCUCAGUGUCCUCAUCUGAGUCGAAGAAGACGAAGAGGGUUGAAGAUAAUGGCCGACAAUUGCUUGUUUAGUGAAGAAGAGAUGGCGAUCGACGAGGCUGUCGGCCACCCGCACGCUUACGCCAAGCUCUGCCGCGAUCGACAAGCUGGAUUGUACACUCAUGGUCCUCCUUUCACUUUCACGCCGUAUGGUCUGAAGAAACAAGAGACCGCAACAGCAAGGGAGCUAGAUCAGUUGUUUCCAAUAAUAAAUCCAAAGGCAAAGCCUACAGCGAAGCCAAAGCUUUUUGUCAGCCUCUUAUGGAAGCAACUCAAUCAUCUCGGGAAUGCUGGCUUUGAUCCUGCAGUAAUUCGAGUUGACCAUUACGGCAAUGUUCUUUAUUAUCAUGCUGAUUCUGCUUCACCGCUUGCUUGGGAUAUUGAUCAUUGGUUUCCUUGCUCAAGAGGAGGACUGACUGUACCAAGCAAUUUACGAAUACUACAAUGGCAAGCCUGCAAGAGGAAGCAUCACAAGUUAGAGUUCUUAGUUCCAUGGUGGGAUUUUCAAUUAGGUAUCACUGUAAACCAGUUUUUAUCCAUCUUUGCUUCAUCCAACUCAGAUUUCAGGCGCAGAGCAUUUUCUUUUUUGUUCUUUGAAGGUGAAAACGAAGAGCUGAAUACUUCACAGACGGUUCAAUCUCAUUCUUUUCCACAACAUUUCGUGGAAGCCAAACAGCGACUCGGCUUUGCUCCAGCUGCCAUAGUUUUAUCUCGAACAGAAUGCUAUGAUUCUUCAUCACCUUUGAGAUCGUUGGACUACAAUAGACAACCAAGACCAAGUCUCCCUAUAGUUGCUGCACGAAAAGUGAAACCAGAACUUCUUAAAGAGAAUGAAAACCCGGACUUCGUUACGAACCCAUACCAAGCCAUUGUCAUGGCCAGAGAUUCUCUAAGACAAAGAGAUGAAAUGGCAAAGCUGAAGGCAGAAAUACAGAGAGUGGAUGAUGAAGUGGAUGAUAUGAAGCUCAAUAAUGAAGAAGAGAAGCUUACAAUUCAGGACUUGGAACUGAAACUAAUUAAACAUAAAAGAAGGGCAGAGAAGUGUAGGCGAUUAGCCGAGGCACAAUCAUCUCAUAAGACGAUGCUGGAGAAGAUGAUCCGGGAUACCAUGCACCAGAGUGUCAUUUACAAGGAGCAGUUGAGACUAAACCAAGCAGCAAGUAAUGCGCUAAUGGCCAGGCUUGAAGCACAGAAGGCAAUUUGCGAUGCUGCCGAGAAAGAUCUCUACCAGAAGUACAGACAGAGAGAUGAGCUAGAGAAACAGCUGAGGCCUGAACACGAACAGGCUCGAAAAAGAUCAAGAAUGGAUUAUAUGUUACUGGAAGAAACAGACUACAAGACUCCAACUUUCUUUCUGCCCGGAGUCAAGCCAACGACAUCCACACACAAAGAGCUGAGACUGUUUCUAGAGGAAGAACAAAGAGUUUCUGAAUCUGCUUUGUCCAAAAAUGGAAGUGAUUUGGCCAUGGAGAAGUAUGGUAACCAUGAGGACAAAGCAAUUAUUCCACUGGAUGAAGGAAGCUUAAUUACUCAAAGGCUUCAAAAUUUAAACAUAGGAGAAGCAAAGAGACAUGACAUGCUAUUCUCUUUCGAGAAAGAUUCGGAUGUCGAUGAAGAAGAAGAAGACGACGAGAGUAGAAAACAACGCGGGAAAGGAAAUAUCGAGAAGUGGGUUCAAAUGCUGUUCGAGGAAAACCAAGUAGAUGCAGAUCUCCAAAAUGAAGAAGAAACUGGGACUAGAACAACUCAAGAAAUAAGCACAAAACUGAAUGCAAACUCCUCACAGAGGGAGGUGGAGGUCUUGACGUUGACGACUACAGAAGAACAAAACAAAGAAGAGAGGAAAGACAGAAAUGUAGGAACUGAAGGCAGCAAAAGAGAAAAAGAAGUGAGCGGGGGGAGUGCAAGGAUGUUCAGGAGAAUCCCAUCUUCACCAUCUCUGGUCUUGGGAAUGAAAAAGGGAAAGAAACCAAUGGUAAGUGGGAAUGAUGAUGAUGUCGACGGCGAAGAUGCUGCUGCGAGAAACAGCUUCUUCAAGUCUUCUAUCAAGACACUCAAGAAGGCAGUAAGGAUAUGAAACUUGCCUGUUUCCAUCAUGCCACGGUUUGUAAGUC